UUGCGUGGCUGCGCUCCCCUCCCGCCUCUUUACCAUUCCCCCCCGGACCCCAACCACUCCUCCCUCCUCUUCUCCGAUCGAUUCGAGGCCGCCGCGGCUCUUCAAAGCGGAAGAAACCCUAGCCGACCCUACCGGAGAGGAGAUCAGAAGGAGGGGAGGCGGAGCAUCAAGCAUGCCGCGCCACGAUAUGUCGCUGCCCGACGCCUUCAAGCUCGUCCUCGGCAAAGACCAGGAUAAGUGGCCUCCGGAGGCGACCCUCCUCGUCGCCGCCCACUACGGCGACAUCCGCCGCCUCAAGGAGAUCGCAAAGAGCAUCGAUGUCGAGGGGAAAGGGCUUCAGGAGACCCUGGCCAAUGCCAACUUCAUAGGCAUUUACGCCCUCCAUUCAGUCUGUGACAGUGGGGACAUGUAUGCCCUCCAGUAUCUGGUCGAGGACCUCAACAUGGACGUCAACAAGCCUGACACUAUGCGAGGUUUCACGCCGGCAAUGCAUGCCGUGUUAUAUGGGAACCUUCCUACCUUGAGGUUUCUUUUUGAUCAUGGCGCUAGUCUGCAUGGACAGCACAAGGGACUUAGUCUUCUCCAUGCAGCUGCAGAAGGAGGGCGGCCUGAGAUAGCCAAAUUUCUGCUUUCUAGAGGAGCUCGUGCUGAUGUGGAAGUGGAAUCAGCUCCCUUCACCCCACUGUUCCUUGCUACUUAUAGAGGAUAUGCUAGUAUCCUGAAGAUGUUUUUGGAGCAAAAUGCAGAUCCCAAUGUGUGUAUGAAUGAUCAAACUACACCUUUAAACAUGGCACUAAGACACUCUUCUGUGGCUUGUUUGAAGUUAUUGGUUCAGGCUGGAGCUGACGUGAAUGGUUUUGGAUUUUAUAAUCCUUUGGCAAGAGCUGCAGAGAAAGGUUUAACUGAAGCUAUCAAGUGCUUGUUGGAAGCUGGUGCAAAUCCAAAUGUCCCUGACAAAUUUGGCAGACUGCCAAUAGAGUUGGCCGCUGAAUAUGGUACCUGGGAAGACGUCGAGCUUCUAUUUCCUGUCACUUCCGAAAUUCCAACAGUGGCAGAUUGGAGUGUUCAUGGAAUAAUUAAUCAUGUAUACAUGGAAGUCAGGAACCUUGAGGAUGAUGAUUUUGUCAAAAAGAAGAAGUCUGAGCUGAAAAGGCAAGGAGCUGAUGCAUUUAGAAAUGAGGAUUAUCUAAAGGCAUCAGUGUUCUACACACAGGCAUUGAAGGUUGAUCAGUUCGACGCUACAUUGUUCUCAAACAGGAGCAUUUGCUGGCUUCGCCUGGGUGAUGGAAAGAAGGCUUUGUAUGAUGCGAUGGAAUGCAAAAACCUGCGCCCUAAGUGGGCAAAGGCCUACUAUCGAAAAGGAGUUGCUCUGAUGUUUCUGAAGGAUUAUGACAGUGCUUAUGAUACGCUCUCUCGUGGCUUGGAGUUGGAUCCUGAAAGUGAAGAGAUGGAGGAAUUGCUUUGGGAGGUGAUGGAGCUGAAGUAGCUACUAGCUACUCCUUGCAAGAAGCUGAUGCAAAACCGGAAGCUCUUCAAUUUUGUUGUUCUCGUAGAUGGAUCGUCGAUGUGGACACACCUCUUUUGGUGGGUUCCCUCUUUUGUUUACAUCUGCCUAGGUUGCUAGACUUGAAACAACGGACACCCUAUUUUUUUUGUGUGAUGCGCAAUUCUGGGAGGGUAGCCACUAGUAUCUUGGAGGAGCUGCAGAUACAGCUUCAUGCUCUGUUUGUGUACGGAAGCAUGCCAUUGGUGCUGUGCUUGAUGAAGCAGUUAACUUAGAUCAAUUUCACAGAAAUGCUUUGACAUUGAAAUGCAUGCGCCCUUCAAGCUCA